GGUUUUGCGCAAGUCCGGGAGAGAACAGGAAAAUUCUGUUCGCAGGGAAACCCUGCUAGGUUCGUGAUCCUCGCUGAAUUUUUGUUCGUUUACUAACAAAUUUUUUUUCUGUUUCAAAAGUGUACAAAAAAAAGUUACUAGAUGAAACAAUGGCAAAUAAACCGACGAAGAUCGGUGAUUGUUAAGAUAUUACUGAAAGUGUUUGCAGUGAAGUAGUGAAUGAGCGCCACGGUGCUGUGUGCCAAGGAGAUGAAGCAAGUGGUUGAAGAGAACCGAUCCGCGAAUGGUGGGAAAGCUUGCAAAGCUAAGAUGGAGGCUGCUGCCAGCGCUGCUGGCUGCUAAAAUUUUAUCAGAGAUUAAGCUAAAGAGCUGUGUGGUGCAAUUGAAUUGAGGUUAAGGAAGCUGUUGUUCAAUGCGCUGCCGCGGUCAGCGAGUUUGCGAAGAGCUGUGAAUAAGGAAUGCUUUUGAGUGGUGUUGUUACGAACCGAAGAGGAGCAAAAUAUUUGUUCGAAAAGAAAAAAAACGAGAGCUCAAGCCAUAAUAAUUGUAUUUCUGCUGCUUUUUUUUUGCUGUCGAAUUUGGUGACCAUCGAUUCCAUUAAAAGUAAGUGACGAGUGCGUGUGUGUUCGGCAGCGUAAUCCGUACUAAAAAGGAUUAAAGGUUAAACGAGUAACGGUCAACAAAAAAAAAAAAGAAAAACGUUGGGUUGGGAAAUUACCAUAUGAAGUACGUACAGACGUGUGGCUAAAACGCGACAGUGCAGUGAUAAGCUUAAAGCAAAUAUUCAUUAAACAGAGCGAGCGAACCGUCGACGACGUGACCGAGCAGCGAAACAGAAAAAUCCGACACGAAGUGCUUUAUACUACGGCCGUAAAACAAAGGAUCAGUCGGUUGAAAUUGAAAUUAAAUCAUCUCUCCAAUCUGGAUUACAAUCAUUGGAUUACGCGCCCGCGGUUCCCACUCGCGGUCGAACAGCCGUGGGGUUGACCAGCGUCAAGAGUAGUGACAAGAGUGCAACUUCGGUCCAGCGCUGCAGCCGAGUCCGAGUGAGAGUAAUCCACAUUUUUGGCACAGUAAAUAUCCGAUUAACGCGCUCAACGGCAAAAGAGAAAGAAUGCCUGCCGCGGGCGGCACAGCCGACGAUCAUGGCAUCACGACAAUGUCACGUUCGUCACGGAUCGACCAGUUCCUAGCCGGUGCCAAUUCGCCCUCCUCACCAACAAUACGUGGUUCGUCCGGUGGUGCCAGCUCCGGAUCGGCCAGCCGGAGCGGAGGCCGCACGCCUUCCUCGUCGGCUGGAGCGGGUGGCUACGACGGUCAGUUGGCUUCGUUUGCGUCGCCGCAUAUGAUGAACCCUGUCGGGCAGCAUCACGGACGGGAAAGUUCGGCUUUCGUUCCGGUGCUUCCGUCCCGAUCGCUAAGGCCGGGCUUAUAUCCUGGCAUGUUGGACGGUCCGGAUAGUUUGGGAAAAGAAGGUGUCCCGAAGCGAGGCUCCAGCUACGAACUGAUGGCCAUGAUGGCUGACAAACGGAAAGGAUUUUCUCUGCGGGAAGCCGCUGCCGCUAUGUUACUGCCCAGACCUGGCGGGCCACCAGUUCAGUCCCCCGGUGGAAUGUAUCCACCGCCGGGUGCUUUCCUCGGAGGACCCGGUCCUUCGCCGACUUCUGCUGGAACGUUCACUUUUCCACCGGCCGGAGUCGGUCUCUACCCACCAGGAGUUCCCGGUAUGCACGCCGGGCUAGAUCGAAGACUGAUGAGAGCCCCCGGUCGGGCCUCGCGUCCUAAGAAACAAUUCAUCUGCAAAUUCUGCUCCCGCCAGUUCACCAAGUCCUACAACCUGCUGAUCCACGAACGUACCCACACCGACGAGCGGCCGUAUUCCUGCGAUAUUUGCGGGAAAGCUUUCCGCCGGCAAGACCAUCUCCGAGACCACAGAUACAUCCACUCGAAGGAAAAGCCGUUCAAAUGCACCGAGUGUGGCAAGGGUUUCUGCCAGUCGCGUACGCUGGCGGUGCACAAGAUUCUGCACAUGGAAGAAUCCCCGCACAAGUGUCCGGUGUGCAAUCGCAGUUUCAAUCAGCGUUCGAACCUCAAAACACAUCUGCUCACUCACACCGACCACAAACCGUACGAAUGCAACUCUUGUGGAAAGGUGUUCCGAAGAAACUGCGACCUGAGGCGUCACGCACUAACCCACACGGUGGGAGACGUUCCGUCGGAAUCAUUGGAUGUCGGAGAUGAUGAUCCCAAUCUUAGCGGCGACGAGGAUGAAGGUGUUCUGGAGGUGGACUCUCCGGUUCAUUCGCCUGCCGGUGGUCGCAAUAGAUCGCCGUCUCCGCCGCUUGAUAUGCCCGUUUCCGCCGAGCUCGACGAUGACUAUCCCGAUGAGCACGAAGAAGAAAAUGAGGAAGACGAAACAAUUAGUAUUGCGGGACAUGAACCCGAUCCGACACCAGUAGUCCAGUGCCAUCAUGAAAGGCCCACCGGGUCCAAAAGUCCGUACACAAUGCGUCCACAGUAUGACCACGGAAGAGGUCCACUGAUGUUCCCUCCGUCGGGACAUCCGUCAUUGGGACAAUGUCCCAAUGGUGAAGAUCUAACCACUACCGGAGGUCCCGGUCCGAUUCCACCGGCCCAGCAUCCUCACGAAAUGUUUAUUCCGAUGCUGCACGUUCGACGUGAUUUACACCAUAAAAUCGGCUUACUAGGCCGUGCAUCAUCCACCAUCACUAGUGGCCUCAUUGAGGCUGGUGGCCCAUUUUACGGCUCUAUUCCCUUACGAAAGCGAGCCAUGGGCCCGGACGGUGAACCGCAUCCUAUCAUGAGUCGCUCGCUGAUGUCCGCUCAUCUUUCACCUGCGAUGAUGAAUCAGCGGCCACUGAUGAAACCGCCGGAUGAUCCACAUAAACCAACUUCCCAUCCUCCGGAUUCGCCACGCGAAACAGUUCCAAUGAUAUCUCCUAACUCACCCCUGGUAUCGCCACAUCUCACCUCACCGCCACUACCACCACUUCAACUACCACCGCCACCACCACCAACAGCAGCAGCAGCAGCAUCAGCAGCAGCAAACCAGCUUCCCAUCAAUCUUGUCAACAUGCCCACUAUUCCCCCAUCCAUCGCUCAAUCGUCGCCAAGCACGGGCCACUCGGUGGCUCCAUCGAGCUCUGCGCAGCCAACCAUUGCCGCCACCUCACCGCCGUCGGCAAUAGUAAGUCCACCGCAAGCAUCGCCAGCAUCCGUCCUGCAACAGCACCAGCAACAGCAACCGCCACCACCCCGAAAGACUGGCUUCAGCAUAGAGGACAUCAUGCGCCGCUAGCCCACAGCCGCCGUCGGUCGGUCGGUCGGAGCGAAUCAAUCAAUCAACCUGUGGCCGGGACGGUUAAUUAAUGCUAAUGAAUGCAACAAAUGUACAAAAUGAAAAGAUGAAAAAAUCACGGCAAGAAUAGUAACAACAGCAACAGCAGCAGUUUUGACGCGUGCAAAGACAAUUCCAGAGGAGAUGACAAUCAGUAGAUAGUAUGUGUAUGACUAUAAUGAUGGUUGUCUGUGUCAUCUGAGUUGUGAGUGUGUCGUUGGUGUGACCCUUCUACCGCCCAGGUCCCAGCUUCCCAGCCAUUGACUUCGAAGAAAGUGACACACGCAAACCAAUGACAUGGAUUCGGGUCCUUCUGCGGGUUGUUUUGAGUGCUUUUAUUUGAACAGCUUCCCAGCAGGUUCGAAUGGAAAAAUUGUAUCACAAAAAAGUGAAAUUUCGGUCAUUACACGGUGUGCUGAUAAUGCAGAAGCAUUUUGGAAAGCUUGAAAAUAGUGCUUAACCUGAAUGAGCCUAUUUAAUUGACAAAUAUGAAACUUUGUUGGUUUGGGCCUAAAAUUUAAAACCUGCCAUUAUAAAUUUAUCAAUUAUCCUAAUUCAGAUUGUUAUCAAAUGUUAUUCAAUUAAGUUGUUUGACGCAAUUCAUCAUUUUAAGUAAGUAGAUUUUUUUCUCACAUGCUAAGGGAGAAGGGACAGGGAAUACUUACUUUUUUUCGAACUACAACGUUAGGGGAAAAUUUCAUGCAUUUUUUUUGUCAAGUUUCUCAUUGAUUCGGGAAUACUACGAAGCUCGAAAUAUUUAUUUAAGAUAUUUCACAAUUAAGGAUAUUACAACUGCAAAUCGAUUUCUAAGGCAAAUCCUCUAAAGGCUUCCAUUGUAUCGGUUAAAA